AUGUCAUGUCUGAAGAAACAUCAGCUGAUCGAUCCUGUUGAGAACCUGGAGGACAGGAUGUGUAUGAAGCACAAUAAAGCUCUGGCGUUGUUCUGUAAGGACGAUCAGACAUGUGUCUGUAUCCUCUGCACUAUUUCAGACCACAAGACACAUGAAGUUGUUCCUCUGAAAGAGGAAUGUGAAGAAAAGAAGGCUGAGCUGGGGAAGACAGAGGCUGAAAUUCGGCAGAUGAUCCACACAAGACGACUGAAGAUUCAAGAGAUUAAACACUCAGUCGAGCUCAGCAAGGAAAAUACAGACAAAGAGAUAGCAGAAGAUGUUGAGGCCUUCACCAAACUGAAGGAGUCAGUUGAGAGAUGCCAAGCCAGAGUCAUCAAGACUAUUGAAGAGAAGCAUAAAUUGACAGAGAAACAGGCUGAAGACUUCAUCAAAGAGCUGGAGAAGGAAAUCUCUCUGCUGAAGAAGAGAAGUUCUGAGUUGGAGAAGCUCUCACACUCUGAAGAUCACUUUAACCUCAUCCAAAGCUUCAAGUCUCUGAAUGCUGUUCCACCCACCAAAGACUGGGCAGAAGUCAUAAUUCCUCCUCAGUCGUACGAUGGGACUGUGAAGACAGCUUUGGAUGAAGUGGUGGAGAAAAUGAAGAACAUGUUCACAAAGGAUGAACUGAUGUGGGCCCAGAAGUAUGAGGUGGAUGUGAUGCUGGAUCCUGAUACAGCAAAUCCCAAACUCAUCCUGUCUGAUGAUGGGAAACAAGUCCAUCAUGUUGAUGCCAAGAAGAAUCUCCCAGACAACCCAGAAAGAUUUUCUAAUUGUCCAUUUGUCUUAGGGAAGCAGACUUCUUCUUCUGGAAGAUUUUACUUUGAGGUUCAGGUUAAAGAGAAGACUCAUUGGGAUUUAGGAGUUGCCAGAGAGUCGAUCAAUAGGAAGGGGUUAAUCACAAUUAGCUGUAAGAAAGGUUACUGGACUAUGUGUUUGAGGAAUGAAAAACAGUACUUUGCUUAUGGUAAAACUUCAGUCCUUCUCUCUCUGAAGUCAAAGCCUGAGAAGGUGGGUGUGUUUGUAGAUUAUGAGGAGGGUCUGGUCUCCUUUUAUGACGUCGAUGCUGCAGUUCUUAUCUACUCCUACACCAACUGUGCCUUCAAUGAGAAACUCCUCCCAUUCCUCUGUCCCUGUCUUAAUCAGGAUGGUAAAAACUCAACUCCUCUGAUCAUCUCCCCAGUCCACUGCAAUGAGUAG